UUGAGUCUCGAUGUUCCUGAUAGUAUCGCACGUGGGAGAAGACCGAGUUCACACGUCCUCACAGCUGACCUCCUACACGACCACACGACCACACGACCAUACCUUACUGUGACCACCAACAUGUUAACAAGAUUACCCACGGACGGUCGAGAGGCGGGACGUGUAAGCCCGAUCCUACGCGGGGCGCGGCACCUGCACCCGGCGCAGGCCGUCGAACCUCUACCUGCCUCUCCCUGCCCCCCCCCCCCCCUCCCCCGCCCCUGCCCCUGCUCCCUGCUCCCCGCCCCCCUGGUCCGCACGCUCUCACGCGAUCCACCACACGUUAUUGCCAAUAAACCCUCGCCCCAGAUGCUGCUCACGUGA